AUGUGUGCCACUGUGCAUCGCAUGACCGCUGCCAUUACGGCUGGUAUGGCGCUUGUCGCCAUGAAGCUGGACGGUCAUUCCACCUUCGAGGCGACGUUCGAAAGCGCAUACCUGCAGGUAGACGCGUUCACAGCGCUAUCUGCGGGCGCCGAGCAAUCUCCUGAGGCGGCGACUACAGCAGCAGUACUGGUGGAGGCUGAGGAGCAGGAGGGCUACACGGUGACCAACGCCGUGCAGAGCUAUGUGCUGCGGGGGGAAGAACUCAGCGGCCUGGACUGCAGCGUGUACAAUAUCGUCUCCAGCUAUGAGGUUCGACGUGUGCCGCCAGCUCAGCACCCGCACCGAGAGCGAUUGGGUCUACAGGUCCCGGUGGCAGUUCGACGCCGCAAGCGCACUACCCCUGCUGCACCCAUAACCGCCCCCGUGCCUGCCCCUGUGCCUCUGCUGACUGCAGCCCCGGCCCCUCCUCCUGAGCCACCUGCUCCUACAGCUGCAGCGACACUCGACCAUCCAACGUCUCAGACAGCCACGGAGCUGCCCCGCCUGGUGGCCUUCCACGGCACGCAUCCGCUGUACAGAACACAUGUCCACAUCCGCCUACCGCGGCCGCGAUAUGUACAACUUGGAGGCUCUCUUCCCCGCCGGCCCCGCCCUGGCACCUCUGCUGCGAGCAUGGCGCAGUACUACGCGUUUGUCCUGGGUACUUUCAAAGCUCACCGGGGUCAGCCCAUCCCCCCCGGGCUGACUGUAAAGGAAGCCUACGACACCUGGUGGGCAGAGCUGGCCACUACCGAGGCAGGUCGCUCAUACCAAGCGUACGUAACGGUGCUGCUGGACAACAUCGAAGAGGACCACACAGGGAAAGCCCGCCGUCAGGCGGAGUACAACCAGCGGCGCCGCCAGCAGCGUGCGGCGGCGGCAGCAGCCGCGCUGCCUGAAGGUGACAGCACGAGCACUUCGGAUGGAGACACCGACGACGCCAUCCGCGGGCAUCUCAGACCUGAUCCUGAAACACAGCCACCCGCCGAGGGUCAGCUGGAGCACUUCGUGUACAUCCCGGGUCAGGAGGAUCCGACGGCUGGCACCGACCUCGCCGCCGUCGCUCUUACGGAUCUGUUUGACUGCACCAACGCUGCUGGCGCGUAUGCCUAUGAUGCGGCACGGCGCUGCCGAGCCCCGGCCUUAGUGGACGGCCAUGGUGCACGCAGCGAUCGUUUUAGCCGUCGGAUCACACCAGCGGACCUGCCCCUCCUGACCGAAGCGAGCAAGCGUCUGAAGCGGUAUCUCGUUGCAGCAGCAGCCGGCACUGUUGAGGCAGAUGGGGGCGCCCACACGGGACUGACGGCCCCACCUGAGAUGGACACCCCUCAUAUUGAGCUGCACCGCCCCACCAGCGGACCCCUGGUUGCCAUUGUGCGCAUGCCUGGCACUCCUGAGCGGACUGAGCAGGCUCGCAUGCCCAUCUAUGUGCACCUCCCCCAGCCGCCCAGCAUCGACGACACCAUCGAGCUUUUCACGCUCGCCCCCCACCAAGCCGUGCCCUUCAUGCUCAUGGCUCAGUACUUCGAUCGCCGUGAUGAGCCCAACCCUGGCGACCCGCCGCAGAUGCUUGUGGAGGGCAAGCCCGGUACCGGAAAGACCCAGUUUGUACAAGCGCUCCUCUGGUACACUUUCCAGCAUGGCUGCCCGCACUGGGCGGCCACCUGUGCCUACUCAUGGGCUGCUGCAGUUGCAUUCAACACGCCGGUGCAUCGCAGCCUCUCUACCCACGCAAUGUUCGCCCUAUCUGCUGGCAGCAACCGAGCGGAAAGCGUCAGAAAAGGCAGCGCAGCCAGCCUACAGGUGCAUCGCAAUGUCGGCGAUGGUGCGCUCAUCAUUGACGAGAUCGGUAUGAACAGCCUGGACCAUCUGGGCGCAUGCAACCAGUCUUGCACUCGUCACCUGUUGCCGCCGUCGCAUCUCGCUCGUGACCACCCUGCAGCCACCAUCUUCAGCGGCCGCCCCAGCGCCAACACGGGCGACGAGUUCCAACACCCGAAGCCAGGUGGGCCGCCCCUCUACCGGUACGCCGCUGAUGUAGAAUGCAACCCCCAGUUCUCGCCCUCCGUCCCGGCCGCACAGCCUCUGCACGGAGAGGAGGACAACGAUGGCGACCCUAACGAGGCCGCUGCUGGAUCCCAAGGCGGUCAGCAGCAACCCGAAGUAGCAGCACGCCGGCCCCGGGCCGUCCCACAGGCUCAGAGCUGCAUACUCGAGGGCUUCCGGGUUUACCGAUCCCUGGCUAAGACCGUCUUCUUGCUGGAGAAGCAGCAGCGCCAGGACAGCAGUCCCUCUGGUCGUCGCCUGACAGAGUACGCCUCUAUGUUCGGCGGUGAGCCAGCCACAGAGCAGCGCAUAGCCGAAAUGGUUGACGACCUCAACAGCCGCGCCGUCGUCGACUUAGCCGACCUAGCGCACCUCGAGCCGCGCGUCGUGCUGCAGAGGAACGAACCACGCCACACGCUCAACACCCGCCUCAUAAUGCUGGAAGCACAGCGCAAGAACCAGCGCCUCGUGGUGUGGAAUGCGGACCACGUCCCUGUCCAGAAGCGCGGCGCCGCUGUAGAGCCAGCCCUGACACACGUGGAGAAAGCAGUUGCGAUGCGAAUAAAGGAUUACGACUUUGGCCACACCACCGCCGACACGUGGUACUACCAUGGCGCCCGAUACAUCCUCCUUGAUACGACGGCUGCCGAUGCCGGGGCGAGUCACAACAACGAGGUGGAAGCCUGCGGCCUGCUUGAGGAUGGCCGCGAGCCAGCAGAUGACGGCCACGGCCCCUACCGCCGGCUCAAGUACCUUCCAGCGGCCGUCAUUGUGCGGCCUAUAAACGGCCAUAUCCCCGACACCGUGCUGCGGGGCCUUGCAGACUACGCCAGCAGGGGUGGCGCCUUCAUCCUGUCACCCCGGGCGUCUUGCAUUGCCGAGGUGGAGAUGCCCGCCCCCGGGUGUGGCACCCUCACAAAGCAGGUCCGGCGCCUCAACGUACCGCUCGGCGACCGCCAGGCGGUCACCGAUUACUUCGUACAAGGCCGCAGCUUCAAAGAUGAAUGCUGGCUGGUGGAUCUUGCUGCCCCACCCAACGGCAUCAAGCGUGCCACCCUGUAUGUGCUGCUGACCCGCUUUAAGACGUUGGACCACGUCCGUCUGCUACGUCCACUUUAUACCACGCCACACGAGCGCAAGAAGGUCAUCAAACAAUUCCUCAGCGCAACCAAGCUCGAGCCGGAUCUGGCCGCCAACCUGCGCCUGCUGAAGCAGGCAGCACGCGAAACGGAGCAGCGGUACACCACCGAGUUCCAGCAUGCACGCCAGUUGGAAACCCGCUGGACCCGCUAG